CGAGAGCACGAUAAGGAAGGAAGAAUGAGAAAGGAAGCAGAAGCACAAGUGGAAUUGGCAAAAAAGAGAUGCAGAGAUGUGAUCGACCGAAUAGAGGGAUUGCCAGCUUCCACCAAGAUCACUGCUUCUUGCAGACGCACUCUUCUCAAAUUGGCCCACUCCGAACUCACUUUCCUCUGCCGCUGUUGCUCCUCCACCUCCUCCUCUUCUUCCACUCCCCUCAACCUCAGUAAUUUUGGCAGUGUCAAUAUCGGGCACCUCGAGGCAGUUGUUCACCUUCUCCAGCAGCCUUUCAUCACUGGUGUUUCCCGCGUUUGCAAGCCAAUUCCUUUGUCAACUUUAGCCCCACAUCCACAUGGGCAGAAAACCGACCCUUGUCUUAAAAUACAUGUCCACGUUGAUAUAGUAUGUACUCUCCAUAGGAACCCUGUCUGGAUUAUUGUAUCUGAUAGGAACCCAAAAUACAUUAGUUGGAGUGGCAGCAGCUGCGGAUCCCCUUACAAAAGGGAUAAGAGUAAGGGCUUAAAAUUGCGUAUUCAGCAAGUCACUGCUGCUGCCCGGUCAGCCGUGGCACUGAAACCUUCCUCAGUUAUUCUCUUCUUUUCAAACCGAAAUGGACUUAGCAGCAUUGUUUGCGAUAAACUCAAAGAUGAAUUUGGGGCCACUGAGUUUCAAUUGGAUUUUCCUGUUUUAGAUUUUAAUUUUGAUUUAUCCGAGGAAGCAGGUGAAUGGACUAAUGUACUUGUUGCGAGAACAUAUCAAGAGGCUUGUGCAUUCGAAAUAAAGGUUAGUGAUACAAGGAACACUGUUUUAAGUUCAGAAUCUGAUGUGAAGGAUUCAAGCCUGGGAGAGGCUGCUGUUACUGAGAAAGAUCCGUUCGUCUCAACAGAGCACACAGAAUUUUUCCGUGCUUUCUCUAACCUUAUUUCAGGAAUGGAAUUCUACUCAUUGUAUCUAAAAAAUGGGGAAUCCGCUCAAGUUGGGAGUCUUCUGGGUCAAAGUGAACUUAUAAACUUUGAUACAACUGCCUUGAUUGCUCUUGUAUCAGGUAUUAGUAAUGGUGGCACUCCAAAACUUUUGGCUACUCCAGAAAGUGAAUUGAGGCAGCGGUUUAAGGGUAACUACGAGUUUGUGAUUGGACAGGUGAUGUCUGAAAUUCAGAAUCCAAUUCUUGUUGAACUUGGUCGCACAAUAUCUGGGAAGAGAGUCAUAAUCUGUGAAAGUGUUCGUUCAGAGUUCAAAGAGUUAGUAUUGAUGUGUGGAGGGCCCAAUGAGAAGUUGAGAGCUAGUCAGUUACUGAAUUGUCUUACGUGAGUUUUUGACCAGUUUUUUCUUUUUAACUUCUUUGAAUUUUUUUUUUAUCUGCAUUAAUUUCAAAGGGAAAUAAACACUGACAUUAUAGAGAGGAAAAAAAAAAAAAAAACUAAACUAGUCAAAGUUGAGCAUAUGAUCUACAAGGUCUGCUUUAAUUGCAUUGUGUGUAGUUAUUUUAUUUUGUACGACGUUGUUCUUUAAGUUAAUUAUUUAAAGCAACAUGGUUAUUUUAUUUUGUGGUUCACAUUUAAAGAUGUUCUAAUACAAAAUAGUUUAGUGAUGUCCUUCACAACAAACUCUUUUACCCACCUUUAAGUUUUAACCGUUUACCAGAGGACCAAAAAUAGCUCAGUGAGGACAAGUGGGACUAGCAGCUGACCACAGUAAAUGAUUGCUGGGAAGGAGGGAAAACCAUAAAACCCACAUUGACGAGGACAGAUUUGGCCAAUUUGGGUUUCCUCAGAAGUUUGCUGAAUUUUCUUAUUUAUUGCUGUCAGGGUUAAUUUCUCCCAAGGGUUACUUAUGUCCUACCUCUGGCCCCUGCGGCCCUGGUUUUGCAACCUCCUUCAGUUAGUAGUUGUCGUUCUUUUGGGCUUUCUGUGCAUGUGUGUUGUCUCUAGUAUACUUAUUUCUUAGAACUUCAAAAAAUUUCACUGAUAUAAUUCGCCUUAGGUUGCAGAAUGCUUCAACUUAAUUGGUGAGUUAAUCUUGGAUUCAUGAUUUAGGUGACCUUCUUAGAUUGCAUUUGGAGAAUUACACUUACAUAUUUGCUUCCAAGGUUGGUAAAGUAUGUAGAUUCUGUUCCCCUCAGUGUAGGACAUUAAGCAUAUCUAUAGGGCUUUUUUUUUCUUCUUCUAUAUAUGUAGGAAACAAAAAAAAUUGUAGAAAUAGGGAAACAAGCACAGUAGACAUUUGUGAGAACCAACCAACCCUAGUCUGCAAUGUGCAUUAAGUCCAAACAGGGUUAAGCCUGUCCGAAAAAAUUUGAGUUUCAUUGACAUUUUGUUUGAUAUGUUUGAUGAUUUUUGCUCCCUUAUAUA